CCAUAUGUAUGUAUUAUUUGCUUCUUGUCUUGUGAAUACCUUCAAAAGAGGACUUGCAAGGGAAAUAAUACCUACCAACUGAUGGAUUCCAAAGCACUUGCUUCUUGUGUUCUCCUCCUUCAUCUGUUGAUUGUCCUGGGAGCCUGUGAUAUCAUGCCCAAGGCCAAGGAUAGUGGUACUAAUGCAAUCAGGCUCCACGGCAUGGAUGCUAAUAAUCCUCAUCGAAAAGAUAAGACACAUCAUGUUGCUCACGUCCAUGAAAAGAAGUCAAUGCAUGAUCCUUCUCUUUCCUCAUCCCACAUGAUGCAUCAGAUGGAUCCAAGAACAACCGUGUUUUUCGUUUUAGAUGAUCUCAAGUUAGGCAAAACAAUGAGUAUCCUAUUCCCUGACGGAGAUCCUAGUCCUUUGUCCUCUCCUUUUCUCUGGCCUAGAGAACCAGCCGAUGCUAUCCCCUUUUCAUUGGCAAAACUCCCACAGAUUCUUCAACACUUUUCAUUCCCUCAAGGAUCUCGCAAGGCCCAAGUGAUGGAACUUGUACUCCGAGCAUGCGAGACUAAGCCUAUGAAGGGAGAACCCAAGGCUUGUGCCACAUCCUAUGAGUCAUUGGUAGAUUUUGCACGAAAGAUCUUGGGAUUGAGUACCAAUAUUGAAGUUUUAUCAACGCAUCACCUUGCAAAAUCUAAUGCUGCUAGAUUACAGAACUAUACAAUCACAGAAGCUCCUGAACGAAUUUCAACUCCAAAGAUGGUCGGCUGUCACACCAUGCCAUAUCCUUUCAUAGUUUUCUAUUGCCACUAUCAGCAGGGUGAUAAUCGUUUAUACAGGACUGUUCUAUCUGGAGAGAAUGGUGAUAGGGUUGAAGCUAUUGCAAUUUGUCACAUGGAUACCUCCCAAUGGAGCCAUGGUCACGUUUCCUUCCGAGUGCUUGGUAUCGAACCGGGCACUGCCCCUGUUUGCCAUUUCUUUCCAGCAGAGGACUUUGUAUUGGUUCCAUCUACUUCUUCAAUCUAGUAAUCUAGCACUCUUAUCCAAGAGCUCAGCUCAAGAGAUUUCUGUAUUUUCGUUGUUCAGCUCAAAUCACCUUGUCUUAAUGUGUGAUACUGGAACCUGUUUCAUUCGUGUGCCCCAUGUUUGAUUUCUGUAUUGAAUAAACCUCCGACGAGUACUAGUGCUUCUUUGGACAAUCAAAGUUUUAUAUGCUUCAAUUUCUUGGUGCA